UCUCUUUGCCGGCGAAGGGCCCUGUCCUAGCAUGAGCGUCACGUGCCCACUCAGAGGCAGUGGAGUGUAGGGAGGAGGAGAGGGCGAGGUACAGAAGGAAGAUGACGGGUCCUGGGCGCUCUGUCCCAUCCAAUAUCCGUCUACCAACGGCGGAUAAAAUUCUUGAUGGAGACUGCCAUCGUCUUCCACGAUGACUCCUACUCGAGCCGGCGAGCGAGAAGUCCCGCAACCCAUUCUCCUGCGGACGACGUCUCUGUGCUUGCGCAGCUGAUGUUGUUUUUGCGCAGACGAGCUACGCCCACUUCUGCUAAUUACAGGGACUGGACUCGUUUUCCCCACUUUUCCUUGUUCGCGCGAUCGUGGGUAAAGAAAAGCGCGAUGUCUCGCCUCUGUCGUGUCCUAUUCUUCUUGUUCCUCGCUAGAUCCCUUUCCGGACGCCUCUACCUGGCGCCUUCGGACAAGCUGACAGUUUCGGACGACUACGAUCGGACACCCUACCCGAAGGAAUCCGGACAGCCAUUUGCCUACUGGGAAGUGAAAGGAACCGUAAACUCCACUGGUAGAUCCUACACCGCUCACGUGGCCGUGUUAUCCAAAGCCCUACCAAGCAGCUUCUCCUAUGCAUUACCACCUGGAGGUUGCUGCCAUGCUACCAAGACAUCACUCACAGCGAAGGCUCAUGACUGUAAGUACGCCACUAAUGCUGGUUACUUCGAUGUGGACACUGGCAGCUGUAUCGGGAACAUCAUCAUCAACAGCACUGCAAUUGAAUUGCCUGCCACAGCUAGAGCCAACUUUGGUCUGACGGCUGACUCAUUCAUCAGUGGAUACCUCACUAACUCCACGAUUCUCACUCUCGGUCUCACCAACUUGAUCUCCGGGGCUGGCUGGAUAGUCAGAAGGCAAGUAUUAAUUACCCUGGAGGAACCCCUCUAAUCAGGACACCAAUGAAAGUUUCUAUAAUUAUUAGUGAGGUGGCAUUCUGACAAAAAAACUUGUGCUUGCACCAUCCUCCCUAUCAAAUUCAGAGGAAUGUCAUAUGUGAACCAGAGUGUGAAGGAAGAAGAGAUAAACGAAAGUUUUGUCAUUCUCAAGGCUCCACGGACCGUCAUCGGUGCCCAUGGCAACGGAUCUCUCUUCCUCGUUCAGGUGGACGGUAUAGAAGACCUAAAGGAAGGACUUGAUCUUUACGAAAUGGCAGACAUCUUGAUCAGCAUGGGAAUGAGCCAGGCAGUGAACCUGGACGGAGGAGGCAGCAGCGUGUCCGUGUAUGAGGGAGAAGUGGUGAGUCGACCAACGUGUAUCGACACACCAGUCAUCUGUGAGAGACCAGUCACUACUAUUACUUGUAUGUACUAGACCAGGACUGGACUGGUGACGUAGUGUUUGUAUAUAUAUCCUCGUAAUGGGCGGCAUGCCAUUGAAUGUAGAACCUUCUUCACCUGUUGUUAAUUAAUAGAACGAAUUCAGCACGUUUUGGCAUGCAAGCCUUUGAAAAUGACCUUGAAAAGUGCAU